UGAAAGGCAAUGAAUUUGUGCAGCUACCGUGACAGGUAAACAUGAGUUAUUUCUUUCACUACGAUGCCAAGCUUAAAGACACAUAUCGUUUUGAUAUGUGUACUCGCUGGUUAUAUUAUAACCGUUGAAUGCCGGAAUGUCGUAAAAGAUUCCUAUAAAAAUAGUCCAGAUAUUAAUCUUAAAAAAACACUAAACUCACACUCGGCUAUUACCAAUUGGUUGAAUAAUCUUCUAACGAAAGGAAAACUGAAAAACAUAGGAAAACAAAAUGCAAUAAAGGCACUAAUAACAAAACUAAAUAAGAACGGAAAAGGCAAUAAAAAACGAUGGUCCAAACGCAAUUUGCGUAAUGGUAUAGAAGUGCAAGAAUUUCUACAUAAGCUAAAUAACUUUAUUAACCAAAAUACGCAUAAUGCGUACUACGAGAAACGUAGCGAUUGUAAUUUUGGUUUCGGUAAACCUUCGAAAGCAUGCAAAAGACACAAGUCCAGACGGAACGCAGUGAAAAAAUCUAAAAAGGCGCGAAAUAAUAAAGAAAAAGACUAUAAUAACUACAAGCAACACAUGGUUGUAGAAAGAUCGAGAUAUAGAUCAAGUGCAAGUGAAAACGAGACACCACUUGAAAGGCAAAUGUCUCGCUUUAAGAUCGUUGAUAAUAAACAUAAAAAAGUAAGUAAAAAAAGUUCAGAAUCUGAAGACCAAUCGAGAGAAGCAUAUUCAGAUGAAUCUGACGAUAGAUCAAAUGAAUCUGAUGAAAAACCAAAUGAAUCUUAUGAAAAACCAAAUGAAUCUUAUGAAAAACAUUAUCAAUCUGAUGAUAAACCAAAUACAUUUCAGGAUUCAAAUUCUGAUGCAGAUACAGACGCUACCGUUGAAAAUAAUCAACAUACGGAAAACUCUGAUGAAAGCGCAAAUGAAAAUACAGAACGAGAAUCAUCUAUAAAACAUCCAGACACUGAGUAUAUGUAUUUACAAGGUACUAGAUUACAAAAACCUGAUUUCAGGGCAGGCCGAGGAUUUAAACGUGCUAGGAGACAUGAUAGACUGCCAUACUUUUUACCAAAGCGUUUCAAGUGGGACGAUGAUAUGAUUCACCAUUUAGACACUUACUGGAAAGCUGGGAUUAACGCGUAUGACUCAAGCAAGAAGUAUCGUUAUUGGCAUUAAGGGAUAAACGAAAUAAAUACC